AUAAAAUAAAAUAAAAAAAAUAAAAUGAAAUUAAUUAUGUCUAUAUGUCUAUAUGCGUAGGUUUAAAUUAACAGUUUUUGAAGAAUCUCAAAUUGUUUUGAAAUAUUCAGUCGAUUAAUCCGAAUGUUUUAAAUUUUAACCUACAAAAUGAUACCAAGAGGGUUUCUUGGUCAAAAUCUUGACAAAACUUGAAGAACUUUAAUAUUGUUUGUAAAUUUUAAUAAAAGCCGCCCUGAAAAAUCCGCAACACUUCUAGUUUAGCUAAAAAAAAAAUUUAAAUAGUUCGUAAAAAAUGCUUGAAUCUAGAAAUUUUAAAAUUUAAUUCGAUUUCUCCUGCUACAAGAGAAAACUAUCCUAUCCAUGAUAUUCGUUUCACUAUAUUCUCCGUACUUGUCUUCUAAAUUCAUUUUCAAACCUCUGCCAACUUUAUUCCGCCUAAAUGGGUACCCGUAAGAACACAAACUCAUAAAGUUUUCACUAAAUUACUUUAGAGAAUUAUUCCUCAGAAAACACCAGUAGGGAUCUUUUUAGACAAAACCAUUAUAAAAAAAUGUUUAAAGUGCCUAGAAAAAUAUAUAAAAAUAUUUUUUGCAUUUUCCUAUUUUUUUCAAUGUUUUUAUUUUUGCAGAUAAUAUAUUACUUAACUAACCUCUUAAAGUUUGUAUUUAAUAACAAAAACUUUUAUUAAAUUACAAAGUUGUAAAAACUGUGAAAAUAAGUAAAAAUGGCAAAAGAAGAAAAAUAAAGUCAUAAAAAAGAAAUUAUAUUAUUAACUAUCUUCCUCAAGUGUGUGAGUGAAAAUACUAUACACUAAAUAUAAUAUUAUCAUAAAUUAUAAACAACUCAAAAACACCAAAAACAACAAAAAGGUAUCUUUUGCAAGCAAAAAUCAAUCGCAUAAAAAGUGACGAUGCGACAUUGAAGUGAUGUGGUGACGUGAUAAUACAAAUCCAGUGCUACUCAAAUUGAAAUAGAAUCCUAAAAUGCAAAUUUAAAAAUACCUUACCUGAAUCAAAAAUUUGGGUUUUCUUAACAACAAUUAAACAAGUGCAACAACAUCUUUACACAAUUGAUUGUUUAUUAAAAUAACAACAAAUAUAGCAGUAUAUAAUCGCAUUCAUUUAUAGUGCACAAAUAUAGCCCACUGUCUGCUACAGUGGAACAACGCUUCUCUACGACGACGCGGGAGUGGCAAUCAAACGCACAGCGGCGAGAACGUGUCAUGCAUUGGUUCGAUGGCAGUAUUUCCCUAGAUGAAAAUUUAAUUAGUGGACACGUCAGCGGCGGCAGUAACGGUGAAAAUAGCGACUGCAAUCAGAGUAAAACAUCGUUGAAAGCAAAACGAAGACGCCUCGCUCAUUACAAGCUCAGCAGCAGAUUGGAUCGAAAGUCAUCACGUGGCAUGAUCUAUGAGAAUGAAGAACUGAGGCUGCGUACCAUCAAUAUAAAUGCUGAGGUUGAAAGAGGGCAAUCGGAUAUCAAGCGCCUGCGAAGAGAGAAUGAGCAGCUGCGGCGUGAGAUUUGGACGCUGCGCGACGAAUGCGAUCGUCUGAACAAGCGGUUCAAGGCGAAGUUACUGGAUCACGAUCACAGCGCUUGCAAUGCACGACACAGCGUUUGCAGCGGACGCGGCAGCGUACACGUUUGUGACAGUACUUGCAAUAGUGAUGAUUCAGAUUCCUGUGAUACUUGCAAAGGCAAUGAUGACCAAUGCAGUGACGAGUGUUGCACUGGUGGCAGUUGCCCCCAAUUGGCCACUAAGCAGCCGAUUAUUGAGUUUGCGCCCGAUACGCCCACAGCGCUGGCACCUCAUAACACAGAUAAGUCCACUUUGGUGGCUAAGUCGGUGGGUUCGAAUUCUGAGAGUGCACCAAAUUUACAUCAAGCAUUCGAUCAUUUGUCGGUGGUGUCGGAGGAAACGAUGAGUAAUACCGAACUGCAUUCGCAUGUGCCACACAAUGAGAUGUUGCAUGUGUACACCAAUGAUCUUGGUGGCUCGCAGAUGACUCUGCCCAGUUUGGUGGGACCGCUGACGCCACUGACACCCAUCGAACAGGUGGCCAAUCAGUUGAAUGAUCUGCAGGCGGUUGUGCCGCCAUUGUCUUACUUCGAGAAUGUUUUACAAGAUCACAUGGGCUCCAAUAUAGGAAAUACGCCUAAUACCAGCUCACCUUCAUCGAAAAUUAUGCGGCAUACAAAUGGUUGGGACUAUAAGCUACAAUCGCCCUUUGCUCAUCGCAAGAUAUCCACGGGCUUAUCGCCGCCAGCUUUGCAAAUAGCAACGCCGCUUACAAUGAACGCCGCCCAGCAGCCACAAUCGCGACUUGCGCCACCUCAGUUAUUAACCACAUUUGUGCCAACAGUUGUUGCGUCGCCGGUAAACAAUGAAGUGUCACCAAAUCACACAAAUCUUAACACUGGAGCUCCAGCAAGUGCGCAACAACAGCAUACGACUGCCAUAGAGACGGUGGCGAUCACAACAACGCCUGCCAGCGCCAACCUAACACUUAAUAGUCCAAAGCAUUUCUUUGCGCCACUGAAGCCACGGCUGAAAUUAAACACAGCUUUGGCUAAUCAAGCUCCGACUACCGCCACUAAUGUGCCUGGAGAGCCAGCGGCUUCUAAUUCCACACCAACUACUAACACUGUCAGUGAUGCUGAAAUCGCCAACUGUCAAAAUUGUGAGCCGCCUGACCUUUAUGUGCACAACGGUUUGGCCUCGCCUUAUCAGCGUCAGGCAUUGGGCGAAGACAACGCGGUGCCACCUCCGAUUCCACAACGCGGUAGCUCCUCACAAACGGAAUCUGUUAACCUUGAAACAAUACUCAAUGAUAUCCAAGCGAUAUCGGAGGAUAUAUUAGCGAUACAGUUGGACAAGCGUAGAGAGAAUGAUAACAGUAAUAAGAAACUUCUGGAACAGUGCGAUAAAUCAAAGAAGCCCUACCGCUCAGAAAUGAACUUAACACUACAGUAUAAUGGCGCAAAUGAAGACACCGCCUCCUCUAACGCAACCAGCGUCGCUGCGACUGCAACUCAAACAUCAUUCAAUAGCAGUGGCAAUGGCAACGGACGCUGCACUCGUUCACUGGAGCGCGAUCAUACCGACAGUCCAUCUCCGCACAUACCCGACGCGAUGUUACCCUUCCCAGAUAAACGUACCUACAUUGGCUUCGAUCAGCUAAACAACGAGGCGAUCCAGGCAUUACCGCCUACAAGUGUAGCCAACAUGCAAAGGCCACCUUUGCCGCCGGUGUCAAGUGCAGCUGUCGGCAAGACCCAGCCACCAACACCACCUGCCCGCGGAUUUCCAUCGCCAUUGAAUACACGCUGCGCAGGUAUGGCACGUCCAACACCUGUGUCGAUACCACAACCGCCUACGGAGGAGCAACAGCAACAGGCUGGACCGCAAGCCGCUAAUUCGCCGGUGAGCACGGGACUAGCGCCUAACAAGAGUCAAUUGUAUACAGCAAUAGCGAAUGCGGCGGCUAAACGAGCACAAUAUCGUGCUAAAGCGACGCAUUCGUUGGACGGCGAGUUGACAGCGGUUGGCGUUGCAGAGAUGAAUGAAACGCAAGCCAUUGAUGCGGCGAACGAGGCACUCGCUAGUGAGGUGGCGCGCCGAAAAGCGCGACGUGUUUCAAUCGUUUGCGGUGAUUCCAGUACACCUGAUUCACCGGAUACGGUGACAAAUACACACUUAAUACGAUCUCAAGCACAAAUAAAUUUAAGCGAUAUGCAGGACGCCACAAACACCACAAACACCAUAAAUUCCACUACAACAAACGCGACGACUCACCAGGCCGUUGGCAGCUGCACAGAUUUACCAUCGGCUUUGGUUAAUCCCGCAUUGCGAAAUCUCAAGCAAUCCAGUCACAGCACUCCCAACUCACCACAUUCCGUGCGUCGUCGUAGCAACAGCAACACAAUGAGCCCGAAUAAUAGCGCCGUUGAUGCAACUCACCCACAAUCGCUAUCUGCUAAUACGUCACCCAGGCACGUUGUCAACGUGCAUCAUCGUCACACGAACAGUAGUUGUAGUAAUAUUGCCGCAGCGCAUCAACGUAAAUCCAGUCAAGACUCGACGCGCACGAAUGGCGGUGAGUUAGCAGCGGCUGAUGCUGUUCCGGGCCGUUCACGUUGCUCACGUCGUCACUCUGAUGGCACCGUUGCGAGUAAUGCACAACAACGCGUCAGCAGCACAUCCGGUCAUCAUCAUCACCAUCAUCAUCAUCACCAGCAUACCUCAUCGAUGUUGAGCAAUAAUCUACAUCAUAGCCGUCAUUCGCAUCAGGAUAGUACAUCGUUGUCGGAGCACGGCUCGAAUAGUUCGGCAUCGUCACGAGAGUCAUCGACUACGUUUAGUUUGCGUUCGCAUCGUCGUAAGAUUUCCAUAAGCUCACAUACGGGCGGUAAGAUACCCUGGUGUGGUUGUUGGGGCAAUGGCUGCUUGUAGGCGAUUGGUGUGCUCUCUUGUUGUAGAAAUAUAUCUAUUUAUGUUUAAGUUGUGUAAAAAAAUUCAAUUCAUUGUACGAACUGCAUGUAGAAAUUAUUGUAUUUUUAAAUAAAACUUACUUAGCUUUAGUAUGAUUCCUAAAUUAUAAAUUAGCAAAUAAAAUAUAUUUUAUGAGGUUUUCGGUUAGGAAAUUAAUGAACUAUUUCUUUGAAUGUAAUAAGA